GCGGAGUCGGAAGCGGCCGUCGGUCCGUCGAGUCUCCGCGGUUCUUUCUCUCGGAUCCUCCGGAGCUUCUUCAGCCGCAGCUCAGCGGCGGAUCUUCGGCCUCGCAGACGGACCGACCCGGCAGCGCUGCGGGGACAGACCCAGGUCGGCUCGGCUCGGCACGGCUCGUCUCGCCUCCUCCCCCCGCCGCAGUGGAAAAACCCGGACGGAGGCCCGCAGUGCGCGCUGAGGCUCCGCAGGCCUCCGGCCCGGACUCCCGCUUUUCUCCCGGAAAAUGGACGGAUUCACCGGCAGUUUAGACGACAGCAUGUCCGGAGCGAGUGUCUCAGACGUCAACGAUCGUCUUUCUGCUCUGGAGCUUCGCGUCCAGCAGCAGGAGGACGAGCUGACGGUGAUGAAAGCUGCUCUCGCUGACGUCCUCCGUCGUCUCGCUGCCUCUGAAGACUCCGCCGCCUCGGCAACCAAGAAACAGCAUGGAGGAAAAGGUGGAGCUGCAUUGCGUGAAGCCUACUCGAUGUCAUGCAUCGCUAACGGCGGCACAUCUGGACGGAAGAGAGAUUCGACCUCCGUCACCAGGAAGGAGACGGUGUCAUCGGCUGCCAAGAGUGGAGCAGACAGGAAGAAGGAGGUGAGCAGCCAGCGCUCUCAGAUGGAGGAGAUCCAGGAACACGAGGAACCUCCUCACCCAAAGAACCCGUCCCCCUGCCCCUCCCCCCAGAACCCCCAGCAGAGACCGUCCUCCGACGGCAGUAAAGGCCAAACUCCUUCAAAAAGGGGUCCCAGUGUGAAGCGGUCCUCAGGUAUGGAACGUUCUCAGAGCAGCACCUGGGAGAGUUCAGACGAAAACCGCAACAAACUGGUGAAAGCUGCAUCCACCUCCAAACUGCUGGCCAAAGUGGUGAAGAAUGCAGAGAGACACAAAGACCCGGUGGUGAACCAAGCAAAAAUGUCGACCCGAGAGAAAAACAGCCAAGCUGAGGGGAGUCAUAUUAAGAUGUUCAUGCGUGGGCGACCAAUCACAAUGUUCAUCCCUUCAGACGUGGACAACUACGAGGACGUUCGGACAGAGCUGCCUUCAGAAAGACUCAAGCUAGAAUGGGUGUACGGUUACCGGGGCAGAGAAUGCAGAGCAAACGUCUACCUCCUUCCAACUGGAGAGAUUGUUUACUUUGUGGCGUCCGUUGUGGUUUUGUUUAACUACGAGGAGCGGACUCAGAGACAUUACCUCGGACACACCGACUGUGUGAAGUGUCUGGCCAUCCAUCCUGAUAAGAUCCGGAUCGCUACAGGACAGAUUGCAGGAGUGGACAAAGACGGACGGGCGCUGCAGCCUCAUGUUCGUGUCUGGGACAGCGUCAGUUUGUCGACUCUGCAGAUUGUCGGUUUGGGAACAUUCGAACGAGGCGUCGGCUCUCUGGCUUUCUCCAAAGCUGACUCUGGUCAGCACCUGAGUGUGAUCGAUGACUGUAAUGAUCACAUGUUGACAGUCUGGGAUUGGCAGAAGAAGUCCAAAAUCGCUGAGAUCAAGACCACAAACGAAGUGGUCCUGGCUGUGGAGUUCCACCCCAUUGACCCCAACACCAUCGUCACCUGUGGAAAGUCCCACAUCUUCUUCUGGACCUGGACUGGGAACUCGCUGGCUCGUAAACAGGGAAUCUUUGGGAAAUACGAGAAGCCGAAGUUUGUUCAGUGUCUGGCCUUCCUGAGUACUGGAGACAUUCUGACCGGAGACUCUGGAGGAGUUCUGCUGGUCUGGACCAGAAGCUCAGCUGAGACCCCGACCGGGAAGGGACCCAGAGCCUUUCAGAUCAGCCGGCAGGUCAAAGCCCAUGAAGGCAGCGUGUUCUGUCUGUGUGAGAUGAGGAGCGGCGCUCUGCUGACCGGAGGAGGCAAAGACCGAAGGAUCAUCCUCUGGGACCACGAGCUGAGAGCAGACAGAGACAUCGAGGUCCCGGAUCAGUACGGAACCAUCAGAGCCGUUUCAGAGGGGAAGGGGGACGAGUUUCUGGUUGGGACGUCUCGUAAUUUCAUUCUGAGAGGAACCUUCAACGAUGGCUUCUUAGUGGAGGUCCAGUGUCCCCUGAUGGUGUCUCCUGUGCGUCUCUGUCUCAGGUGGUACGUCCUGGAUGCUGAGACCACCGAUCUGGUUGCGAUCCACACUGAUGGGAAUGAGCAGCUGUCAGUGAUGCGUUUCUCUGUCGAUGGCAGUUUGCUGGCAGUGGGAUCCCAUGAUAACUUUAUUUACCUCUACACCGUCUCCGAGCGAGGACGCAAGUACAGUCGAUAUGGAAAGUGUACAGGACAUUCCAGCUACAUCACACACCUGGACUGGUCACCUGACAACAACUUCAUCAUGUCCAACUCUGGAGACUAUGAGAUCCUCUACUGGGACGUUCCAAAUGGUUGUAAACUGAUCAGAAAUCGUUCGGAGUGUAAAGACAUCGACUGGGCGACCUAUACCUGUGUCCUCGGAUACCACGUGUUUGGUGUUUGGCCGGAGGGUUCGGACGGGACCGACAUCAAUGCUCUGAUCAGAUCUCACAACAGGAAGGUGAUCGCUCUGGCUGACGACUUCUGCAAAGUUCACCUGUUUGCCUACCCAUGUUCAACACCCAAGGCCCCCAGCUAUAAGUACAGUGCUCACAGCAGUCAUGUGACCAACGUCAGCUUCCUGCAUAACGACAGUCACCUGAUCUCUACGGGGGGGAAGGACACCAGCAUCAUGCAGUGGCGUCUGGUGGAGAAAUCUUCGCUGUGUCUCACUGACGGGCUCCUCGCUAACUCCACCCCCCGCCGGGUUGAUGCCGUCUUUGCCCCGCCCCCUCCUGCAGCAUCCACACCCACACAGGAACCUACUCCUCCUCCAACAGCCAAUGGGACCCAGGAGCCCUUCUCCGAAACUCCACCCCCCACAGAUAUAGCCCCGCCUUUGUCAGAGCUGACCCCGCCCCACUCCGAGUCGACUCCGCCCCCCUCCGACAGCACAGUGAGUCUGAAGGACAGCCUGGAGCCGAGCGACGACACGGCGACGCCUAGCGACGAGGGGCUGCCCCCGCUCACCCCGCCCUCAUAGACACGCCCUCCGUGCUCCUGUCCAGCUGUCUUGUGGGGACCAGACUGGGUUCUGAGCCUUGUGAGGACGACUUCACAAAGUGAGGACGUUCUGUUGUGUCCUUGCUUUGUGUCAGACCUGUCAAUGUCUGUUCAAGGUUCACACUUGGUUUUAAGGUUAACAUUCAGUUUGCAUUUGCAGUUAGACAUGUGAUGUUAAGUGGUGAUUAGAUAAGGGUGGAAAUAAUUUGAAAACUCUUUCAGAUGUGAAGUCACACACAUUAAACACAUAUGUUCAGAUUUAGUGUGGAUAUCGUCUCUGAUAUCCAUCAGAAUAAACCUCCAGAAAUCCACUUAGAAACCAGAGAAGACAAGUCAGAAGCUGCAUGAGAACUUGUCUGAUUUUGGUUUGAUGCUCAGUGAUAACUCUGUACGUCCAUGUAACACUGCAGCAAGCUCAGCUUUUCGUACUCAAAAAGGAAGAACAGAAGUCAGAAACGGUGUGACUGUGAUGGGGGACGGUGAUAAGGGUCCUCACAAGUUCAGAAAUACACGUGUGUGCGUUGCAAAUGGAAACUGCAGAGUCACAUGACUUAUCUCAGCAAUCAACUGUUCACAUAGACGUUCCUUCUUUUUAAAAAAACAAACAAACGUGAGGUCACAGUUUGAAACACCUGGAGAGUCGCAUUCACCUGAGCAGAAACAGGGUGGGGAGGGCUUACCUGGAACACACACACACCUGUCUCACCUGCCGUUAGUCUCAUCCUUCAAACAUAUUUCCUGCACCAGAGUGCCAAAGCAGGUCGGUGCACCUGUGGUUUACUUGGAGAAGGCUUGAAGAAUAUAAAUGACAGUCCAGGUGAGACAGGUGUGUCUGCGGUAAAUGUUCCUCCACCAAUCAGAGCAGAGAAGGUAAACAGGAAGUGGAUCUGAGAGAUUCUGGAAAACUUUAAAGUCUGUUGGAAUUUUGUUUUUAAAUUCUUUGGAGAUCAAAACUAUAAUCAGUUUUUAAAUUGCUGAAACCAUUUUUGAUAAACAGAAAUUUGCUGAAUCCAUUAUUUUGACUUGAGCUUCAAACUGGAAAAAAUCAAAUCGAAUCUGAAGGUUUCAAAUUUUGACAUAAAGUCCUUUCAGGUUGGUUCAGGUUUUAAAUCACAGCAGUUUAGUUACUGCUGGAGACCUUAGGUAUUGCUGUUUGGAGAGUUUUAGUCCAGAGAGUGAAGAAAUCAAAGCUAAAGUUCAGCUGACAGUAGCGUCAACAGGAAGUCGACCUCCAGAUUAAAAGCUGUGACUGACGUGUUGUUUCAAUGACCUGAGUCCAGAGUUGACAGAGAUUCGAUCAGAGUGAGUCGUCGCCCUGACCGAUGAUCUGUGCAGCACCUGUUUGUAUAUACUGCAGAUGUCUGUGUGUAUAUUUCUGUUCACCAAUAGGAGGCAGCAGCUCCUCAGGGAUGCUGUGGAGAUCCGCAGUCACAUUCAACAUCCAAUCAGAUCAUGGGAAACCUGAGAUCUUCUGCUCUGAUUAGCUGGUUUCAGUAAUUUCCUAAAUGACUGCAGGUGAUGUUUUAGUCUCUUCUGGACCAUUUCUGUUCAAAAUGUUUUCUGAAUGUCAGGAUGAUGAUGUCACUCCAUGGGGGGAGGGGGGAGGGGGGUAAUCAGGUGGGUUUUGUUGUCGUUGCCUUUUUAAUACUCAUCUAUCUUCAUCGUUUCUAUGCUUGUCUCCCUGAAGGGCUUGUACAGAGUUCAGGAACUCGCCUGGAUGUUCAGGGAGGGUCGGGGCCAUAGGGGAUGUGGGUGGGCCCGGGGUGGGAUCGGUGGGGUCUUGGGACGUUUCUGGAGGAAAGUGUUUAUUUUCAGUGUUCAGUAACAACAUUGAUACUCAUGAUGAUGAUUUUCAUGUGACUGUUUUGAGCCAAUCAUGUCUUCUCUCAUGCAUUCCUGUCAGAUGACAGACUGUACUGAAGAUUUCAACAAAAAAAUGCAAAUAAAUGUUUUCAAAACUGA